AUGGCACGUAUUCUGACUGUCUUUGCCCUUUUUGCCUUGCCUUCUCUUCAGAAGGCAGUUACAAAAAGCUUCUCCCCUCUGAAGUUUGCGAAGAAUGGAACCUUCCAGAUUUCUAUUCUUGAAGAUUUGCACUUCGGAGAGAAUGCAUGGGAUGCGUGGGGCCCUGAGCAGGAUGUCAAUUCUGUCAAGGUGAUCAACGAGGUCUUGGAUAAGGAAUCGCCAGACCUUGUUGUCCUGAAUGGAGAUUUGAUCACCGGAGACAAUGCCUUUCUUCAAAACGCGACCGUCUAUAUCGACGAAAUCGUUGCCCCAUUGGUUGAGCGCGGUCUGACAUGGGCAUCCACUUAUGGAAAUCACGACAGCCAAUACAACCUCUCCCGUGAAGCGAUGCUGGCCCGAGAGCAACGCUACCCCAAUUCCCGAACAAAGCAAAUGGUCUUUGGCAAAGAUUCCGGCGUUUCCAACUACUACAUUCCCGUCUUUGGUGCUGACAACAACGAUUACAUUGGAGCCCCUGCUAUGCUUUUGUGGUUCUUCGAUAGCAGAGGUGGCUAUUACUUCCAAGAGCUUGACGAGUCCGGGAAUCAAAUCGCUCAGCCAAAUUGGGUUGAUACGAGCGUGGUGACUUGGUUCAAGGAAACCAAUACGGCAUUGCGAAAGAAAUAUCACCGCACUAUCCCUUCCCUUGUCUUUGUUCAUAUUCCUACAAACGCGUCGUUAGCCGCGCAGACUGAGGUCGGUAUCAGUGACACCCAUGAGCCGGGCAUCAACGACGAUUACACACUGGCUCAACAAGGAGAGGGCUGGUGUGCAAAUGACACAACAAGUGACUCGUGCGUUUAUGGUGGUCAAGAUGUUCCAUUCAUGGAAGCGCUCGUCAGCACUCCUGGUGUUAUUGGUGUUUUCUCGGGUCACGAUCACGGCGAUACUUGGUGCUACAAGUGGGACAAGUUGCUUCCUGGUAUGUCUGUUCACGGCAAUGGAAUCAAUUUGUGUUUUGGUCAGCACUCCGGAUAUGGCGGAUACGGUAGUUGGAUUCGAGGAUCUCGCCAAGUCCUUGUCACAGAGGCUAUGCUUAGCAGGGGAGAAGCUGAUACAUGGAUCCGGUUGGAGUCCGGUGAUGUUGUGGGUUCUGUUUCGCUCAAUGCGACUUAUGGAGAAGAUACCUAUCCCAUUACCCCCGAUACCCUGACCUAG